UUCUUUCUCUUCCUCAGUCCAAAUUUCCUUUCUUUGUCUCUUCGCCCGUUAUUCCAUACAUGCGUCUACUCCUCGCCUGAACGCAUUAAUCAAUUCUUUGUCCACAGGAUGAAGCUCCCAUUCUUCAACAAGCAGGAAGGUGAAGGGGGUGGCACCCCUCCCUUGACGGAUAUAUCCGCGGCGUCCAUCGAUAACGAGAAGCGACGAAGUAGCUCAUUCGAUGAAUCCCGCGUACCCUGGGUGACAUGGAGAUCAUUGACCCUCGGAGCCUUCGUAUCCAUCGGUGGUAUCAUUUUUGGAUAUGACACUGGACAGAUCUCGGGGUUUCUCGAAAUGAAGAACUAUAAGCAACGCUAUGGGCAACAGAAGAGUGAUGGAACUUUGUAUUUCAGUAAUGUUCGAUCUGGAUUGAUUGUUUCUAUGCUGUCUAUUGGUACCUUGAUAGGUGCUCUUAUAGCUGGCCCACUGGCAGAUCGUAUUGGGCGUAAAUGGUCGAUAUUCGCAUGGUGUAUUAUUCUACACGUCGGUCUAAUCAUUCAGAUAUCAUCACCCGCCGGGAAAUGGUAUCAAAUGAUGAUGGGCCGAUUUGUCACUGGAUUUGGUGUUGGAUCAUUAUCAUUGCUAGUACCAAUGUACCAGGGUGAAAUUGCACCGAGACAUAUUCGAGGUGCCAUGGUCUGUUCAUACCAAUUGUUCGUCACACUGGGUAUUUUCGUUGCAUACUGUAUCAAUUUUGGCACAGAGACAAUUUCAGACACCGCUUCAUGGAGAAUCCCUUUGGGAAUCACCUUCUUGUGGGGCCUUAUUCUCGGAUUUGGAAUUCUCUUGUUCCCCGAAAGCCCACGUUAUGAUUAUCGUCAUGGGCAAGUGGCGACAGCCAAAAAGACGAUGGCUAAGUUAUAUGGUGUGCCUGAAAACCACCGAGUCAUUGUUCAUGAGAUCUUGGAGAUCCAGGAGCAACAGGAAGCCGAGAAGGGCUCUGCCGGUGGCUUCCAUGGCUGGAUUGAAAUGAUGCAGGCUCCACGAAUGCCAUAUCGAAUCGCCUUGGGUAUGACGCUUCAAGCAUUGCAGCAACUGACAGGUGCCAAUUACUUCUUCUACUAUGGAACGACCAUUUUCAAUGGAGCUGGAAUCUCGAACACAUACGUUACACAGAUGAUUCUAGGUGGUGUGAACUUCGGUACUACCUUUGGAGGUCUCUAUGUCAUUGAGCACUAUGGUCGCCGCAAGUCACUUAUUGCUGGCGGUAUUUGGAUGUUCAUCUGUUUCAUAGUAUUUGCAUCAGUGGGACAUUUCUCUCUCGACGUGAAAACUCCUGCCAACACGCCCGGGGCUGGCAAAGCAAUGGUGGUGUUUGCAUGUCUCUUUAUCACCGGGUUUGCAAUGACCUGGGGUCCCAUGGUGUGGGCCAUUGUGGCAGAGCUGUACCCAUCGCGAUAUCGGGCCCGAGCUAUGGCAUUGGCAACUGCGUCCAAUUGGCUGUGGAAUUUCCUGAUUGGAUUUUUCACCCCCUUCAUUACUGGAGAUAUUGACUUCGCGUACGGAUACGUAUUCGCAGGGUGCCUCUUCUUUGCAGUGUUAGUAGUGUAUUUCUUUGUCAUUGAGGGCAAGGAUAAGACACUGGAGGAGAUGGACAUGAUGUAUGUUAUGCGUGUGCCACCAUGGAAGAGCAGCAAGUGGACCCCACCGGCGCCAGAGCACCAACUCACGACGAGCCAGCUUAUGGAUCGAAAUGUGGCUGAGAAUUACGAUCGAGAGGAAGAGCCGGAAUCCAGCCAGAAACAGGCAGAUAUGCCGGCUCAUGUACAUGCAGAGGAUUCCACCAUUGCUGGUUCUUCUGCGGCGUAG